AUGUUCAUAAUGCUGUUGCAAAUAAUGACCCUCCUCCUGCUGGUCGGAGUGUUGGCAUCAGAACAAAGGUAAGCGGCACCGCAACAUCAACACAUUUCAAUAUCUAUCUUGAAAUGCGGUCCAAAAGUAAAGAUCGCCCACGUCCGAAAAGAGGUUUGAUGAGAAAACAAGGGCGAAAUAUCUUUUCUUAGACGUAUCCAACAAACAAAUACAAUCCAGGGGCCUUUCUGAGGAAGAAGAAGGACAGGAAGUGACUAUGAAAAAGGUCAGAAAGUGAAAUGAUGCAUUAAACAGUUAUUUACCUAACGGGAAGGCCAAACCGCCGUUUGUAAAUGAAUACUCUGCUCUAGAGUUCCUUGAAUCUUACCCUCUGAUAUACCACUUCUGCUUGUGGAGGCAGAGGAGAACAGAUCCUUUAGGAUAAUUCGAUAAAAACUUUGUUUAGACAUAAAUUUGUCUAUAAAUUCUUCCUGUUGGAAACCCCUGUAUGGCAGUGGCACACCCCGCUGGUAUGCAUGCAUGAUGUACAUCUCUUGGCUUCGUGAUUCCCAGAAAAAUGUUUUGUUAUGCAGUAUCAAUAUUACUUUAAAAUACGAAUAAAAUAUUUGUGUUUAGUCGAAUAUCCGGAUUUACUGAUUACAAAUACUGCAUGCGCCUUCGAUAUUCUUUGCGAUCAGCGUGCCUGAGUGCAGAUGUUUUCUUUCACAGUACAUUUUAUAUCUAAAAGUGACCCCUGGCUCCAUAAAAAUGGAUAAAGUGAAUUAAUCUACACAAUCUGGAGAUGUUGGUUGAAGGACUUCCAUAAAUCCUCUUUGAAUUUUCCGCGUCAAAAGAAAUAAUUCCAAGCUUAUCUUUUUUUUCGUUUGUCUGUUGCUUCACCAGCGUCGAAGAAAAUCACGGACGAAGAAGACAAGCAAGGCAAGCUGGAGGUAAACGUUUCGAACAUGAAUCAGUAUGCAUAUUCUCCACACAAUCAUUUACACGUUCCCUAUGGUACUCAAAAAGAGAACUUGUCUAUCUAACAAGAUUUUCUUCAGCUGGUGAUCAUUUUCUUUAUUCUCAAGACCCCAGUGUUUGUUUCAGGACUGAUACUGUAGGGAGAAAUUAGACGCCAGUCACUCUCAGGGAUAAUGAGUUAAAAGCGGUACUAAUCCUUCGACUCACAGAAGUUAUCUAUCCUAAAAAAUCAUUGCAUUACCUGGCAGAAAGGUUAUUUCAGCCAGGGUGUGAUAUCUCGAUAGAAAUCCAGUUCUCUUAGUCAAGAGUUUCAACAAUUUGUUCCACAAGCGGCUGUCGAUGGUGUAAUUGGCGGCCGUGUCCGAAAAUGGGCCGUGAGGCGAAACCCAAACACGAAGUCCUGCUCGCGCGAUAAAAAGACGGCAUUAAAUGGGGCUUAUAGGCAGCGGCAGAUCGCUGGUAACUCGUAUUCAUUGAAAAAUAUGUGUGGAAAUGCCUAGGAGCUUAAUGAAUUCCUGAUCAGAUCUUGGGAUUUGCUUGAUUUCUUCAUAAAAAUCAUUCACAAUUUUUGGUGUGCGAGUACAUUGUAAAUUGUACAUAAAUUGACGUUUCGAGCGUUAGCCCUUCGUCAGAGCGAUUGACGAGGGGCUAACACUCGAAACGUCAGGCUUUAAACUCUUUGCGGUGGCCAAUUUACGUUUUCAACUCAGUUGCUAACACUAAAUUACCUGCUUGUAACACAGUUGGUUAUGGAUUGGUAUAUCCUUGCGAUAAUGAAAUUGUUAUAUAUAAUAGCGAUCAAUUAUGAAAAAUCAAAUUAAAGUUUAGCUAUCACGCCAUCUUUCUCUCGCGUCUUCUUCUCAGGGGGAUUAAAUUGCCCCAUCGGUCUUCCUCAGAAAUCUACCGACGAAUGCCGUGAUAUUCGCGAAAAAGACCUGGAAGUCCAAAGGGGAAUUUAUCAACUGGCAGUACGCGAACCUUUACCUAUGCCAUUAGUAAAUAUGAGCACGUUAACACUCAUCCAAUUGCUUUCACAAGACGAGUUUGCAAAGGAACAGUUUAAUGGUUACGUUGGUAUGCUGAAGAAAAACAAAGGCUUCACCGCACAAUGGAAAAAGCAACAUCCUGGAGAGAUUACAGAGUUCCAGGAUUAUGCAAAUAUUUUUAACGAUUUUAGAAGUACAUUGGGAGAUGAUGUAAGUAAUAAAUGGUUUAAAAAGAAGCCGUUUACUUGGGAUAAUAAAAUGGUAUCGAGAUCUCGGCCGAUAGCUCGCCGGUAGUUGGCAGAGAAUUGGUCGACAGCAUGACCGUCCAAUCGACCAUCCACCGACGGUCGGUCAGCCAUUGGCCGACUGUAGAACAACAAUCAGCCGAUAGACGAUUGACUAUUGGCUGAUUUAUUAAGCGACAUAUUAACAAAGGCUGCCUGUGGUACACAAAAUCCUUAAAUUCUAGAGAGAUUUUAUUCCAAGUUGAUUGAACCACAAUCAAUCAUUGUUCGUUGAGAACUAGAUUUCAUUAUAUACGUAACCAGCUUGAAGCAUUCAAAACGUAAGAGAUGGAGUUAAGAAUGGUCUACAUUUUGUAAUUGAUGAUGUAUUUGUCGCGAGCAUUACUUGCUAAAAAGAAGUUCUCCAAUCAUUCCUUUCAAAUCUUGUGAAUCUUCAUUUCCUCAUUACUCAAAGCCUAGACCAUAGGACAAGUAAUUUUAAAAUGAAUUAAAAUGUCUUUUAGAGGAAAUCAAAGACUAAAUAUUCAAAUGCCUAAAAGUUCGCCCAAGUGGGAUAUAACUUUCAUCGUUAUUUUAAUUGCACCAUUUUUUUAACUACAGGGAAGUACUGGGUUCUAUCGGUACGUCACGAAUGUCGAGCCAUUUCAGAAUAUUCUGGAGGACUGGAGAGAGGAUGAUAUGUUCACUGAGCAGAGGCUAAGUGGCUGUAAUCCCAUGGUGCUUCGUAGGGUGACAGAAGAUUCAUGUAAGUUUAAUUUGUGCCCAUAAAAGUGAAGAGGAGUGUUAAGUUUAGGCUAGCCUGCUUUGCUGAUUGUUUCGGGGAUGUUUAAAGCAUCGGAACAACGAAAUGACGCUUUGAGUGGCCUAAAAAUCCGCUAGCCAGUUUUCUGUCUUUUUUUUUAACUGAAAGUUACUCAUUUCUUUGAAGAGUACUCAGAAUCGUUAUUUCUGGAAUUUCUUGAUUUCACCAAGUCGCCGUCUCAAAGUUUUUUUUCCAGAAAUAUUUUCCGCUCCAAGGAUUUUACGAUAGGGUUUUCUUUCGGCACUCUGAUUUCUUUAUAUUAAUACUAGUAGUUUGUGUAAGCGUCAUUUACCUCCACCCACAGCUCUUAGCCCCUGUCCUCUGCUUAUUGGUUAUAACAAUGUUCAGUAGGAGCUGGGUACUAUUGCAUUUUUAGCUGAAGUGGGUCUCAGAUGGUCAGAGUUGGUCAAGACACUUAGUCCAAGCUACGACUGGGAAAAGGCGAUACAGACUGCGAUGGAAACAGAUGAAUCGUUAGCACAGGUUUGUCUGCUACAUUUCGAGCUCGUUUCUUGUAAUCAAGGUCAAUGUGGAUCAAACGAAAGGGCACUGCACUGCUUAAAACAAUACAAAUAAACGUUUUUUGGUCGGGACAUCACUUUUCUCUCUCUGAGAGAGAAUUUAUAAAGUCUUCAAGUGCAUGGGUUUGAAUUAUGAGCUAAUUAAAAUGCAUUUAAUAAUUAAAAGUUCAAGUUCAGAGGUAAAUUAAUGAGAAAUUUAACCCUGAUGAGAGACUUCGGAUGUGAUGCUCCAUUUUCUUUGACUUGAUAAAAGGUAGACAUUUAAAAGGUGGUGUAUUUGGCGUAAAUAACUCAUUCAUCCUUAUGACUUAACUCAAUUACUCUCAGGCUAUAAAGAAUGGCGAUGUUUAUGUUCUGCGAUAUGAAAUGUUUGAUGACAUGGCUACCUUCCCUGAUUAUUCUGAGAAGCGACCGGGUCGCACAAUGUGGCCGUCGAAAUCACCAAUAGCUUUGUUUGCCCUGAACAAGGAAAAACGACUACGAGCAGCAGCAAUUCAGACCGAUUACAAGCCAGGUUGGGCAUAUUGUUAAGAACCCUCUGAAUCAAGAUCUCAUUAUAAAUCUUCUCUCUAGUUGCUGAAAUAUUCUUAAAAAGCAGUGAAUAAAAAAAAUGACUGAUUCACGGCACAGUAAAAGUUUCACCCAGUUCAGUCGAUAAAUAAUGACGCACAACACUUCUAGGGAAGGGGUGGGAGGGGAACUUCAAUGUUAUAAAGAUCGAAACGCUCCAUCAACACCCGUUUCUACUCUUAAUUCGCGCACAUAGGAACUUGAUGGUCACAUUUGCAACGAGGGCAUUGAAAUAUUGAUGUUGUCUAUCGGAGUAUGGAAUACCAAAAUGAAGACCCCUUUACAGGAUAUAAGUUGGCACUAAGGGUAGAGUUUGUACUCAAGCUUAUAGGCCCUUCAAGCCGGAGCUUAUCUCGGUUUUCAAGCGGCGUGAAGUGACUAAGAGAAUUAUUACUUCUCCCUGGAUGAGGGUCCGAUGCUAGUUUGUUGCAAGGAUGAGUAGAAUCUGCCAAGUAUUUAAUGGCUUGAAUACGGAAGUAACAGCUAAUCGUCUGAAUGUGGAUAGCCCUGGAAAGAAUUGUUGUCGAUGUCUCUGCUAGGAUCCUCUAUACGAUUACCUUCUGCCUACUGAUAAAACUCUUUAAAGGGUCAAAGCAAUUUACAUACUUAUUUAUUCUUCUAUUCUGAUUUUUUUGUUACCAGAUUCGCCCGUUUUCGCUCCUGGCGAUGGUGGGUCCUGGAUGUUGGCCAGACAGGUUGUCCAGGCAACAGAUUACACGCACAGCCAGAUGAUAGAACAUCUUCUAAAGGUCAGGAGUCGUCGUUUCCAUUGUUAUUGUCGUAAUAAAUAUUUUGUUAACAUUACUAUUAUUAUUAUUAUUAUUGUUAUCAUCAUCAUCAUUGUUAUGUUUAUUGCAUAUACCAUCAUUACAACAAGCAGUUGGUCCUGCGAGAAUUAUUUCGCUCUCAGAGCUUUCAAAACAAUUUCAAACUUCUUCAUGAUUGAAUUUUAAUGGCCCUUAGGUCCAUCUUUUGGCAGAACCCUUUUGCGUGGUCAUGUACCGUCACCUUUCCUCUCAGCACCCGCUGAAUGAGCUCCUCAAGUACCACUGUAGGGGCCUUUUAGCUACAAACACCUUGGGCUCACCAUCGCUGGUCAACAAAGGUGGUUACAUGGACAUUCUGACCGCCAUAGGCCACAAAGGAACCAUACUACUCUUGGAGCGAGGCUACAAGACGUUGGGUUGGAAAGACACAGAUUUUCAUCAGGACAUAAAGGUAGCAAAUAAAAUUAUCUUUGCCUUUUCGGAAAAAGAAAGAAAAAAAUCGAAUUAAUUCCCUGUCCAUACGAGGGGUGCGUCGUCUUGGCUGGAACUAUCGGGAAAUAAACUUUAAAAAGACCUUUACAGGUAUUUCUUUAGGUGUUAAAUUUCUGUUUGGUAUAUACUCGUGUUGAAAGUACAAAAGACACACCGUAAUAGCUUAGAUGAAUUCAAAGCACGUAGGGUACUUGAAACUCAAGCCAAGAUAUAACUAACCUUACUCUAAAUAUCUCGAGCUCUCUUGGAGCGAUUGAAUGAAUGAAUACAUUAAAAACAGUUUUAUCUUAUUCACAACCCCUCUAAUUUCAAAUUCUUACCUUACUCCGUGAAGCGAUAGCAAUCUUCAGGCAAUGAAAAAAGAAAUCAUUUCUCUCUCCAGAAACGGGGCCUUGAUGACGAAAUCAAAUUUCCUUACUUUCCGUAUCGCGAUGACAACAGAUUGUUACUGAUGGCAAUAUCAAGAAUGGUGGAGGAUUACAUUUGGGUGUAAGUUAAAACAUGAAAGCAAAUUUUAAUUUGCACUUAUCCGUUCUUAUUCCCAUUCUCCUCUACGAACAAGAAAACCGUAUUUCAUAACUGUUUUUACCAAUCUCUUGCAUAUACUCAAUUUGAUGUAGAUUCAUCAUCUGAAUGUCAACUUCGCCAAAAUAAAUACCUAUUUUAACCUUUGAGAACUAUGUCAAGAAAUUCUAAGCUAUUAUUUUGGUCCAUGAAUACCGUGCUCAACUGGAGGGAAAUCUUUUGUCAAGGUAAACAAAAUAUGACGAAAGAAGAACAAAUAAAAAUUGAACUGUAUGAAUGUUAGGUAUGGCAACAAGAAACAAAGAUAACAAAUUGAAAGUUUCUUACCUCAAAAGAAAGGACAUUAAUCCUAUUUCGAUUUUAAACACAAUGAAGAUAGUGAAAAAGAAGAUUGACUUCUCUCCGUACAGAAGCUCAGUGACAGAUAAAGCCAUCCUUUCUCAGAAACAAAGCCGACACACGGGCAACAGCGUAAUGUACCCGUAACAGCCAAGAUUCAGUGACAUAAAAAUAAAAAAAUCAAAAUAAUGAAAAAAUAUCCGAUGGCAUGAUCAUUUUCUUUCAGUUUUUACAAACGAGACAGGGAUGUCCAGGAGGACGAAGAGUUACAAGCCUAUGUAAAUGAGUUAUCUAUUGAGGGGACUGGACCGAAUGGUGGAUCUGGCCAGGUAAUGAAAAGACAUGGAGUGGACCACAACCGGAAGCUUUUAGUUUGCAUUCACUACGAGAGCCUGGUAUUAAUUAUCCAGGCUCUAAAUUUGCUACCAAUAAAUGUAGAUAAAAUACUGGAGCCCGUAUACUACAAGGUAAUCGGUAGCAAAAGUAAUUGUUAAGGGUGAAAAUAGGUCAAGAGCCCCCCCUAACCACCAUCAUAAGCUAAGGGCGUAGCUAGGGGGAAGAUGUGGGGUCCUGGGGUUUCCCGUGGACCCCCCUCCCUUUGCAGGUCUUUUUUGUCACAUUAGUAAAACACGGCGUGGUGGUCGACCUCGCAAUCUGAUGAGUACCCUCUGUUUGACACAGCGUGAUCCCCCCUUUGAAAAUCCUGGUUACGCCCUUAUAGGCGAUACCAACAUUGAAUUAUUACAACCUUUGUUGAAACGCCAAUCAUUCUUCUUAUAACAGCUGAAACCUGCUAAACCUAAAAUAAGCUUAAAACUGCUUAAGGUGAUCAUUUUUUCCUAAAGAUACGUAUGCAAGACUUUCCAAAUAAAUUCUUGGCGUUGGUCUCCGUUUCGAGAGGGACUCGUUUAUCAAUCUUUGUUUUUCUCAUCUUGUACGAUAGGUUAAAGACUUUCCGGCCGUGUUAGAGACUAAGAGCGAGCUUAUAGAGGUGAUAACGAGGUUGCUGUGGUUGUUAAGCGUGAAGCAUUCUACGGUAAAUUAUCCCGUGAGUGACUACGGAGCCUUUACACCUGUCUUGCCAACCAAGCUUUAUAAUGACACCAGUGUACCGCCAGGAGUGUUCUCCGAGUUGAAUUUACCAAAUCGCAACAUAUCCCUUGUAAGUAUUUCAAGCCAAUCAGUCAUUCGAUUGAUCGAUCCAUUUCUCUCAUUACAAAUUAAUGGUGUUACAGACGGUGUGUAUUGGGCAUUUGUUCCAUCAGCAAUUCAGUUAUAAGCAGGACUAUUAAUCUUGGAGAAAUUUGUCAGAGAGUCUGUCAGACUGUCAAUACGUCUAGUGGUCUGGAAGUUAGAUAGCCGAUCUGAAUGAUAGUCACAGGUUAGUCACUCAAUCGUUUGGUCGAUUGAAUGACAAAAAAAAACUUUCUUUACAAUGAUAAGAAAUACGAAAAGUGGUGUUAGUUAGUCAGACAGGCUGUUUGAUCGUCAGGAAGUCAGGCAGCCCAACUGACAGAUAGUCACACGUCAUGAUCAGUCAGUCAAUCGGUUGAUCGAUUGAACGGCAAAUAAAAAAUUUUCCUCAAAUAAGGAAUAAGAAAAGAGAAGAAAUAGGGCAGGUAUCUCACGAAUUUUCAACUCCUCUCCUUACAAUGGAGGCCUUUCUCAAGAUCAUGACUGUUACUCCCUUUACUUCCGCAUAGACAGAAAUGUAGGCUAGUAAUCAGAUGGCAGGAUAUUCUCAUCUUUUUCUUUCGUUAGCUAGUUAGAAAGUUUAUCUUAAGAGCGAUUCUAGUUUUCUAAAGAGCUUUAUCUCAAGUAAAGAUGGCCAUGUACGCGAGUUAUUCAAUUCUCUCCAAUUUAAACCAUUUAAUUUCCUUCAAGCCUUUCACCCUGUACAUGUGCUAACAACCUCUUUUGCUCCCUAUAGGCCCAGAUCGAGGUAGCUAUGAACGUGGGAACAUAUCAUUAUGACACGUUAUUUGAUUACUACGGGCAGCUCAAGAAUCCAGCAGCAAAGCAAGUGGUUAGGUUUUAUUUCUAUUACCUUAAGUAUGCCGUUAGUCCCAGGCUUAAGUUCAGGAACUAUCGGAGACUUAAGGCUGGCCAUCUCACUUAUCCAUAUCUACAACAUCCUUGGAUUCCAAACGGAGUCCAGACAUGAAUAAUAGACAGUUAGAAUAAGUUACAUUUAAAACUUAAAUGCGGGUAUAUUUUAGGAAUGAGAAAUAUAUUCUUCGUCAAUGUGGUGAAGCUCAACUUUUUGAUCUGUUACAGACUCAGUCACCUCAAAAAUUUGACUGUUGUUACAGGUCAUUUCAUAAAGCUAAUUGUUUUAAACCUCUAUCUUCUUGUGUACGCUGCGUAAUGGCGGAUAGCUAAUGAGAAAAUGGAUUGAAAAUAUGAUGAGAUACCACCUUGAUAGAGAUAUGGAGUCACAAACCGGCUCAACUUUAGUGUCUGCGUCCGCUCAGCAGAAGUGUCUGCGUCCGCUCAGCAGAAGUGUCUGCGUCCGCUCAGCAGAAGUGUCUGCGUCCGCUCAGCAGAAGUGUCUGCUGACUACGGCUGUGUCUUGCAAUAAAUAUGGGAAGUAAAAAUUAAAAGUAUAUUUGUCGUUCUCAAGUUCGCUUAGUACGGGUAAUCCAAUUAUCAUUGUGUUCUUUUUCAUAUUUAGGCAAUAACGAAUGUAACGUAUUCAAUUGUUACUGAACAGAUAUCUUAUUAUCUCUGUUGAUUCAAGUGUUCGUGAUCUCUAGCUUGGCUGGCUUGUUACAGGCAAGGAAAGUUACACCACUAAAAUUGUAAAAUGAUUUUAACACUUAAUUGUAAGGAAUGAUUGUUAUGGAAUAAACUUGGAAUGUCCAAGGG